AUGAUAGGAUGUGAAGUGACCCUUCAAGAUUUUGACGUAUCGAAGGAUGAAGACCUGUUAGCACAGUGUCAUUUAUUGCGUCGUGAAGUGUUCUGCCAGGAAUAUGGCUUAGAAGAAUUAUUGGUAGUUGAUGGCGAGGACAGGAAUAGUAGACAUAUUGUGGCUCGAUGGAUUGGUGACGGCUCCGUGAUCGCCACUUGCCGUUUACGUCCCGUGCAUCCAUAUGUCAAGUUGGAACAAGUUGCUGUCCGCAAAACGAUGUUUUAUUUUCCACGUAGAGACAAGCUGCUCACAUUGCAUUUAUGGGAAUUUGACUAUGCUGAACAUAAAUAUACACCAGGUGAAUGCUUUGACCCGGUCACUAUGAAGAGAAUAAAAGAAACUCUUAUGUCAUUCAAGGAGCAAGAUAUACCCAGAUUGAUGCAUCUGCAACACUUACCAGACGAAAGCGUUGUUGGUUGUUCUUUACUUCGAGCUCACAAAGAAUGCGCUCGAGCAACGCUAGAAUGCAAUUUUACGCGGAGUAAACAGCUGGAAAUUUUUCUGACGUCAGUAGUCUGGGAAAAAUUGAAUACUGGCCAUUAUGGAGAGGUUGAUGAAGCUUGGAGGAUUUUCUACGCAAGCAUUAUGAUGUGUAGAGCAGUACGUUUAAAAUUUGAGAAGGAAAUACAGGAAGCUUUGCAUGCUUGUGAUAUUGGUUUAAUAAUGGGCCGUGACAUUGAUGGUUUUGCGUUAUCAGCAUUCGCUCAUCAUUUACACUCUUCUUUAUCAGAGCUAUCAAUCCCCGUUUCUCUAAAAACACAAAAGCUUUUUCAACCGCCAUCUCCCUUGCUGAAUUCAUUUGAUGUUGAUGUUUGCGAACUCCCAUCGUUCGAAGAAAUGUUGAAGAUUAUAGAAAAUCAAAAACCAGUGAUCAUAAGAGGACUUGUCAAUCAAUGGCCUGCAUUUACAAAAUGGAACUUCUCUUACUUUAAUGAAAGUAUUGGUUAUCGUACAGUUCCCAUUGAAAUCGGUAGCAGUUAUACUGAUAGUAAUUGGAAACAAACUUUGAUGACUUUUCAUGAUUUUAUUGAGAAAUUCAUAGAGUGCGAGAAUUCAGAUAAUCCAGGUUAUUUGGCUCAACAUCGGUUAUUUGAUCAAAUUCCGGAACUUUUGAAUGAUAUAAUCAUUCCUGACUACUGUGCAUUUGGGGAAGAAGGAAUUGACAAUGUUGAUAUGAAUAUUUGGAUUGGACCAGCGGGGACCGUAUCACCUUUACAUUUUGAUCCAAAAAAUAACAUAUUCUGUCAGGUAGUUGGUCGAAAAUUUUUACGACUAGUACCUGCAACUGAAGCUGAAAACGUAUACCCCCGAAAUGAUGGAAUUUUAAUCAACACCAGUCAGGUGGAUGCGCGAUGUCCCGAUAUAACGAAAUUUCCACGUUUUAGCGAAGCUCAUGUUUUUGACUGCACACUAUGUGCUGGUGAAUGUUUAUUUAUACCAGCUGGAUUUUGGCAUUAUGUCCUUGCACUUGAUCCCAGUAUAUCUGUAUCUUGUUGGUUCACUACGAAAACCUAA